GUAUUAGUCUGGGAAACUAAAUGAAGCUAACAAUGUUUAUUAAUUAUGUUAUGCAUGAAGCAGGUCUGAAAAGAUGGGUCAUAUACUACUUUUGGGAGCUAAUGAAGGAUAUUUUAUACAAAUGGUCACUGGCGUUCAUUUUCGGCAGCGUGAUAAUUAUGACCGACCGUAGGGUCACCCUGGAAAGGGAGCACAACAUUAGUGGUUGCGGGCUGCUGCGCUGAAGGGUUGGACAAGGCCUGGGUCUGCUUCUGCGCUUGCACAUGCGCCUUCUGACGUUGCUGUUCGUUACGAUAAGUUGGAUCCGCAUGUGUUGUCAUUGGCGGGAUGGCAUGAGCACCUACGAUUUCAGCUUCGCCAACAUAUGCAUUGUCGUGGCGGUUUACAGGGCUGCCAUACUGAUGAUGGGUAUUAUGCUGCUGCUGAUGAUGCUUGGGGGUGCCAUCCCCAUGAUGUUCUUUAUCGGAAUGACCUUGGUGGUGCUUGCCGGUGACUUUAUCAACAAUUUUUCUGACAAAGUUGGGGCCGUGGAUAUUGUGAUUAUCAGCGGUUGUGUUGUUUUGUUCAUUCAUGAUGUGGUGAAGUCGUUGUUUAUGAAUAGGAAACUAGAGCAAGAAGAUAAAUAAAGAGAGUAUGAAACAGAAGAAAGAAGAGAAAGAAGCCAAAAAAUGAUACUUAAGGACAAAGAUGUGAGACAUUUUGUCUGCCCGAUUAACUAAGCAGUUAAUGAUGGACUAAUUUCAGCCAUUUCACGCGCCUCGGAUUGACUCUUGGUAUAUGAAAACAGUAUGUUACAAACUUAUAGGUACAUGUCUGUGUGAAUGGUUUGCUUGAUCACUCUGGCAGGCCCAAUCUUUUCAUUGAGGAUUUGGCACCGAAUAGCUCAUCAUCCAUGAUGCGACGACCUACUAGAAUGUUGAGAUUUGAGCAACUCGCGAGGAGAAGAAAGGGAAUUGAGCAAUGACAU